CUAAUCCAUUCUGAGAGAAACAAGGCAUAUGAUAUAUAUAUAUAUAUAUAAAUACAUGUUCAUUAGACGUUGCAGGUACCCGAAGCGAACGAUACUAUUGAUAUAAUAAAUUGUCGAUACUUUCAAUAGAUACAUAGCAGUUGACGCAUGAUACUCGCAUCCUCUCUGUACUCUAGAUAAGAUACUGUUCACUCUCGGCUCGUAAUCGACAAUAUGUUUUUGUCGCGAGGUUCAGUGGGGCUCAGGAGGCUUGUAGCGACAGUACAACUAUCGCACAUAAGAGUGCCCACGACCGUCCUGUCGCGUUCAUACGUCACGGAUCCGUACGCGUUUGCCAUUCCUGCGGAGAAGGUGGCGGCUGAUGCGCAGAAGGCGCAAGGGGCAGAAGCACAGGAAGACACAACCGAGAAAUCAAGGAAAUCGAGGGAACGGGUCACUAAGAAAGCACAAAUAUGGGCUAAGCGAGCCAAGGCCGAUCUGGCGGCCGUGCGACACAGGUUAGGAGGACAGCUGUCCAAUAGUCUGGUGCAGCAGGCAGUCACGUUCCCGCAGAAGGACUUGGUCGAGCCGGAUAACUCGCACCUAGUGCUGCUUGGGUCGUGCGUGUAUGGCUUAUACGUGAUGGAGCACAUCACGACAAUCUUCCCCAAUGCGAGGACAACUAUACAGAAGGAUAUAUGUGACUAUGCGCUGCAUAGCGCUACACUCGCAGCGUGCGGGAAUGCCUAUGGACUGGCAUCUGUUUUACAAUACGAGAAGACGGAGGAGACAGACAAAGAUAUCUUAGCCGCCGAUGUCAGGACCUACACGGCAGAAGCCAUGAAAGCAAUUGCGGGUGCCUUGUAUGCAAGGGCCGGUCCUGAGACAGCUCGUCAAUUCGUGCGGGAAACAGUACUAUUCACCUUGUCUAAAGUGGAUCUGCGGGACACCCUUCAGAUCGAAAAGCCAAUGCAAAUGCUGAGCAAGUUGCCAUUUAGAAAUAUAGAAUACAGGAUCCUGAACGAGGCAGGACGAGUAACCUACCAGCCCACCUUUUACGUUGGAGUUUUCUCUGAUGGAGAAAAUCUUGCAAAAGGCGCCGGGCACUCUCUCACAGAGGCGAAGGCGGAAGCGGCGCGGAUGGCCAUAGUCAACUACAUAUUCGAGACUUCUAACAAGAAGGUUACUUUCCCCUCAGAUAAAAGUUUCGAUCCCCUCUCUAUGGAGUGUCUAACGGAGGCGGACGUAUAGUUGCACUUAUAAGAGGUUGGGAAAUAGCUGCUGACGUAUACUCAGAGCCGACUUGCAAGAAUUAGUAUGUGAAACCAAAUAAAAUCGAGAAACAUCAAGUG